AUGGUGGUGGAGACUUCCUUGGUGCUGGUGGAUAACACAUUGAUGAAGGUGGCUAUGUUUGUGGUAGUUCAAGCUUUGGUUUAUCUCAUCCUUUCAAGUUCAUCCAAUCUCUUUUCCAAGAACAAGUUGAGGUCAUUCAACAGCUUUAGGCCAGUUCGUUCUGCUAGAAUUAACCGUCUUCUGGCUGCCAUCUCUGAUUUACCAACUGGUGCUGCUGAUGAUCCGGCAUCACCAUCCUGCAGCCCUAAUCCUGCUAAAUAUAGAUGA